AUGAUUGAAUCCAUUCACUCUACUGGAUUUUUGUUUUCCAGCCCCACCCUCACAAUGACCCAUAGGAAUCUCACAGGAAGCUGCAAUGUGAACUGUGGAUGUAAGUUCCAUGAGUAUGACCCUGUCUGCGGUUCAGAUGGAAUCACCUACUUUAACCCUUGCCUAGCUGGUUGUAUCAGUGUGGGGAAUGACAGCGCAGGGAUUAGAAACUACACAGACUGUGCCUGUGUUCAAAUUCAUCAGGUAAUCACUCCACCAUCAGGUGGACAGAGAAGCCAGAUCCAAGUGGUUAUUGUGAAGACUUAUCUGAAUGAAAACGGUUAUGCUGUGUCUGGCAGAUGUGAUCGAACUUGCAAUACCCUUAUCCCUUUUCUGAUCUUCCUUUUUAUAGUUACCUUAAUCACAGCUUGUGCCCAGCCUUCAGCAAUCAUUGUGACACUCAGAUCAGUACAAGAACAAGAAAGACCUUUUGCACUGGGAAUGCAGUUUGUUCUGUUAAGAACACUUGCUUACAUUCCUACACCAAUUUACUUUGGGGCUGUAAUUGAUACCACAUGCAUGCUCUGGCAGCAAGACUGUGGCGUCAAUGGUUCCUGCUGGGAGUAUGAUGUCACAUCAUUUAGAUUCGUCUACUUUGGAUUAGCAGCUGGCCUUAAAUUUGUUGGCUUCGUUUUCAUCUUCUUGGCAUGGUACUCCAUAAAACAUAAAGAGGACCAACUGGUGAGGUGGAGACAGAGGGCGUCACCACUAAGCACAGUAAGCGAGCCAAUCAGCAAUGCCGUGGCUCAACAGAACUAUGCAAGAACUCGAUCCUGCCCGGCCUUUAGCUCAAGGACAGAAAAUUCAGAAGAUGCACUGAAUAGAGGCAACUCCUAUGUAGCACAUACAUUCUCUAAGCCUUUUCCUGAAGCAAUAAAUUCCUCAACAGUAAAUGCACUAGAAGACAUCACUGCAGAGAUCUAG